AUGAUUAGCAAAGUCACAAUGAGAUCUUCUUCUAGGAUGGGGCCUUCAGUCCAACUCAUUUACGUUCUAGGCGUUAUCAUCAUGGCAACAAUGGUUGCUCCAUAUGAGCCACUCACGUAUAGCUUGCCACCACUCCCGUCAUAUUCACCAUCUCCAAAAUCUUCUCCACCACCAUAUGUUUACAAUUCUCCACCACCACCAUCACCAUACUACACUCCAUCGCCUAAGGUUAACUACAAAUCUCCUCCACCACCAUAUGUUUACAAUUCUCCACCACCACCACCGUACUAUUCACCAUCUCCAAAAGUUGAGUAUAAGUCUCCGCCACCCCCAUAUGUCUACAUUCUCCAGCACCACCACCAUACUACUCACCAACUCCUAAGAUUGAUUACAAGUCACCUCCACCACCGUAUGUUUACAGUUCUCCGCCUCUCCGCCACCACCUCCGUACUAUUCACCAUCACCAAAAGUAGACUACAAAUCCCCUCCACCAUAUGUUUACAGUUGUCACCACCACCAACGUACUAUUCUCCAUCACCAAAGGUGGAGUACAAGUCUCCUCCACCACCAUAUAUCUACCGCUCUCCACCACCACCACCAUACUACUCGCCAUCUCCUAAGGUUGAGUACAAGUCUCCUCCACCACCGUAUGUCUACAGCUCCCCACCACCACCAUCAUACUACUCACCGUCUCCUAAAGUUGAGUACAAGUCUCCUCCACCACCAUAUGUUUACAGCUCCCCAGCACCACCACCAUACUAUUCACCAUCUCCUAAAGUUGAAUACAAGUCUCCUCCACCAACUUAUGUCUACAGCUCCCCACCACCACCACCAUACUACUCCCCAUCACCAAAGGUAGACUACAAAUCACCUCCACCACCAUAUAUUUACAGUUCUCCACCACCACCAAAAUACUCACCUAUUAUUAAGUAUAACUCUCCUCCACCAACAUAUGUCUACAGUCCUCCACCGCCGCCAUAUUACUCUUCCUCUCCUAAAGUAGACUACAAAUCUCCUCCACCACCAUAUGUCUACAAUUCUCCACCACCACGAUACUACUCGCCUUCCCCAAAGGUAUACUACAAGUCUGCUCCACCACCGUAUGUUUACAGUUCUCCACCACCAACAUAUCAUUCACCUUCCCCUGAGGUACACUACAAGUCUCCUCCACGGACAUACUACUCACCAUCUCCUAAAAAUCAUUACAAAUCACCACCACACCCACAUGUAUGCGUUUGUCCACCACCUCCUCCAUGUUAUGCUCCUUCUCCAAAGACUGUGUACAAAUCUCCUCCACCACCGUAUGUUUACAGUUCUCCACCACCACCAUAUUACUCUUUAUCACCGAAGGUAUACUACAAGUCUCCUCCACCACCAUAUGUUUACAAUUCUCCACCACCACCAUACUACUCGCCUUCCUUUAAAUCUCCUCCACCACCGUAUGUUUACAGUUCUCCACCACCACCGGCAUACUACUCACCAUCACUAAAGGUAGACUAUAAGUCUCCUCCACCACCCUUUGUUUACAGUUCUCCACCACCACCUUCGUAUUAUUCCCCAUCACCAAAGGUUGAGUACAAAUCCCCUCCGCCACCAUAUGUCUACAGUUCUCCACCACCACCACCAUACUACUCACCAUCUCCUAAGGUUGAGUACAAAUCUCCUCCACCACUGUAUGUCUAUAGCUCCCCACCACCACCACCACCAUACUACGCACCAUCUCCUAAAGUUGAGUACAUGUCUCCUCCACCACCAUAUGUUUACGUACAACUCUCCACCACCACCACCGUACUACUCACCAUGCCCUAA